AUGCCUGCGGAAGAGCGUCAGACGCAUCGCAAUCUCCAGGUGUACUUCAUGGAGCGAGCCAAAGCUGCAGGUGUGAAGGAACAAAAGGAAGAAGAAGAGGAGGAAGACGACCCUGAGAUGUUGGCGUUGCUGGGAGACGGCGAAGUGCCAGAAGGAGGCGACGCGGACAGUGACGCCGAGGAGGAUCCCAGAGAUGCGCAGCGGAAGAAACAGGAGGAGGAGGAUAAGGAGGCCGUAGGCACCGUGGAGAAAUCCAAAAAUUGGAGCUCCGUGAACUUGGCCUUCCAGGAGAGCAAACUGAAUUACCGCGGCAGUUUUUCAGCCUUGUCCUUCACCAACUGGCUCUGGUUCAGGGUGGUGCGACCCAAGUUGGAAGAGACAAAGUCCAAGCUGCCGGAACUCAGUGAUGAGGAGAUGGACAAGUAUGGCAUCCAAGACGUUGAGGAUGUUCUGGGUGAGUUUAUGCCCGCCAUGAAGAAGAAGGAGGAGAAGGAAGAUAAGAAAGACAAAAAGGAUAAGGACAAGGACAAAGAUAAAAAGGACAAAAAGGAUAAAGAGGAUGAUAAGAAAAAGGACAAGAAGGAUGAUAAGAAGGACAGCAAGAAGAAAAAGAAAGACGCCGUUCAGCUGAACGCCAAGGAAAAGGUACAGGUUCAGAAUCUCAUCAAGAACAUGAUCUACGGAGAGUCUGGCAAGAAUAAGUCCAUCACCACGGGGUGGGUCAAUCUGAUCGAUGAGAAGGACAUGCCACGGCUGACUCCUUGGGAGUUUCAGUUGGCGCACAUCAUGCGAACCUCUAUGGCGAUGGAGUACAGCGCCAAGAAGAAGAAGGAAGUGCCCGACUUGAACCUCUACUACGAGAUGUGUCAGUCCUUGGCCGAUGCCAUCGGGCUCAUAAAGAAACAGUAUUUGCAUGAGUUCCCGCAGAACUCCUUCGAGGACGUGCUUCCCAUCCAGGAGGCCCUGGCAUUGCAAAGCCGCUUCCGUGAAGGCUCCGUCACAGGUGCGAAAUUCGAUCUCUUGUGGUACCUGCAGAAUGGCGCCCAUCUCUUGGCUGGCAGCAGUUUUGCGAAGAAGCACCGCACCACGGUCUUCAAACCCUUCAAGAUCCAGGAGUUGAUGAUCGAUGCAGUGUUGCAGCCAGGACCCCAAUUGGUCUUUGGCAUCGCACCGCCUGGAACGGGGAAAACCGCGGUGGUGUCACAUAUUCUGAAUCUUUUUCCUGUGCAUACGCUCCUUGGUUUCAGUGGGAUGGGACCGGGACAGUAUCCCAAGAAUCUGGUGUUUUCGGAGCUCCAAAGCUCUACAGAUGUCUACAGGCCUUUCGUUUCAAACAAGGUCGAGGCCUUACAAAAGGAGGACCGCAGCAUCAGCAUGGCCAUCACCCUGAAAGGUAGCGUCAUCACCGAGGCCAUUCUGCAUGGCUACAAGGACGUGGAAAAUCGUUCCGUGCGGCUACCGUUGGGUUGGAUCGGCUUGCACACUGGCAAGGGAAAAUGCGAUGCUCUACUGGAUCAGAUCGUCCGUCGCCUGGCGCCACCCGACGCACCGCUGCCGCCGGACGCGGAGUGUCCCAAGGGCUGCGUGGUGGGCGCCGCAUGGGUGCAACGCACUGUGACUUUCGAUGAGCUUCGGUCGCAGUUUGGGUGUACUGAGGCAUUUGUGUGGCUGACGGUGAUGGCAUACUAUGCUCGCAAUAUGCCAGCAGUUCCUGAGGCGUUUGGUCUGUGUGAUUUUUUUGCCGGAGAUGGCCAUGUCGGGAGAAGUGCGAAAUUUGCUUAUUACAGCACUGCCCAGCUGGACAUCAACUAUGGCAAGAUGACUGUACGAAAAGGCAAGCAGAACAGCUUCGACAUGACAACAGCAGCAGGCCUAGCGGGUGCUGCACAAGUCGUUGAUUCAAUGGCUUCAAUGUCUCCUGAUGCCAUGGUUGUCCAGCAGCGACGCCACCUCUUGAGUGAGACGGCAGACCUUUCGGCAGACGAUAUCCAGAAACUCCUUGAGGAGACCAAUGUGCAGCUUGAGCAGCACGACAUUGGAGAUCACUUGCCCCAAGUCGAGCCACAGCUGAAUUUGUGGGCACAAGCUCCUUGGGACUCUAUCUCUCCUUUCGUGGAGAUGCUGCCAAGUCAGACAGGCAUGCCUGGUUGGCUAUUUCGCCCGGACAUCUUCCACAACUGGCAUUUAGGUGCUGGAAAGUACUUUAUAGCGAGCUCAUUGGUGGUCUUGCAAAAGUUUGAGAUGCUUUUUCCAGGUGGUGGUGUGGAUGCCAGGUUGCUUUACAGCAAUGGAGCCUGGCUACAUUGCACCAUUGCGGCAGAAGUUGCUCGCAGGGGUUUGCUGUCUGUGCGUGCCAACAAGAGAUUGGCUCAGGUCGACGAGUCUUUUGUUGGAGUGAUAAGUAGGCGCAUCCAGGACAGUGCAGCACCUCUUCGCCUGCGCCUGUAUGUAGCAGAGGAGGAGGUCCUAGCUGCCGGAAAGGCGCUUCGGCGGGCGAUGAAGCCGGCUAUCGAGGAGAUAGAUCGCCUCGAAGCCGCCGCCAGUCCCCAUGCGGGUGGUCCCAUCUGCAACAUUCUGAGCGCCUCAGUGCGACUGCCCAAAGCAGUGCCCUGCAACGGAGAACUGGGCUGCUGGCGUUUGCCGGACGACGUGAGGGAGGAAGUGCUGAAGCAGUUCGAUGAGUCCUUGCAGAUCUAUCACUUUCCUGAGGUGGGUCUGAGGCCCAGGGCUUGGCCGCUGCCGUGGGCGCCACAGCUGAGUCGGAAGGAGGUCUUUUGGCAUCGCGACUUGGCCAAAGAGAAGGCGUUGACGGCGGCAAAGACUGCUCCAGUGAUCAACCAAGCGACGUCUUUGCAUCGCUUCUUCUCUGUGACAGGUACCAAAGAUUCUUCUGCGUCUCACAGGAAGUGCCUCACCACUGCGGCCGAGAAAGUCAUCGAUUUGGAGGAGGUGCCUCCUGAGAAUAUCCCGACUCGUCCCGCAGAGCUUCAGGCUCAGUUCUGCAUCGACCUUGAUGAUGAGAGCAGCGGGGAACCAGCGGGGGAAAAUGGCGCGGAAAAUCGGGCGGCGCGCUUUGUGGUGUUGGUGUUUUGUUGCCCAGCGCUGCCUGUGGUGCUGAGCGUGGGCCGCAUCUCCAAUACCCUCGGCAUUCCCUACGCCUUUUGCAAGGGUCGCCGCAUCACGCCCAGCUACUCCUGCGGCCGUGGCCUUGGGACGCACGUGGACAUGCCGGCGGAGCAGAACAAGCCGGCACAGUCCGCGGUGGAGUCUUUGAGAUAUGCCGUGGUCAAGCUGAAUCUCGAGCGAAAGAAGAAACGCCUCGCAGAGAAGAAGCGAAAACGUGCGCUGCACGACUUGAAACGCUUCCCACGCAUCUUUUUGAUGUGCGAUUCCGCCAGCGCUGCGUGGCUCCUGCGCCAGUUGGAUCCCAAUAGGACGAUCUUGGUGGUGGAUGAACCGCCCAUGGGCAGCGAUGUCUACCCAGACAAGCCCGAGGACAAUCCUUUGGCGUGCGCAAUGAUGCAAGCCAUGAUGACGCCUAUGUACAAAACCAUCCUAAUGUCGGCCACCUUGCCUAGACCAAGUGCGUUGCCCACGAGGAUAAGUACAGAGAUCAAGAAGCAGCGCAGAACCAUGGAGACAGACCUCUUUCCUUGGCGUUGCAUACAUUGCCAACGCAUCAACAAGAAAGUGGCCGAAACAUGCGCGCUGUGCCAGGCACACUGGACUACAGGUGUGCGCCACAGCACGACGCCCAGAACACAACAGGCGACAGCAUACAGGGAUGCAUGGCCGCCACAAGAACAUCAAUAUGCUUGGGAGAAAUGGGAAGAUUGGGACAACUGGCAGGAUCACACCAGCCGAUCACAGAGCCGUUCCAAGAGCCCACGGGUUGCCCAAAGAUCGCAGAGUCCAAGGAGCCGCAAAGGCAAAGGCAAAGGUGCUGGGAAGAACAAGGCCAAGCACAAAGAUGCUGCCUCGCAUGUGAUGGGUGCAGAAGCACCACACCAUGCGAAUUACAGCACUUCGCCAUUUGCACCCCUUGCGACAACACUACCUCCGUGGCCUUCUCUGGACGGGGUUGCGCAGAAUUUGAUGCCAACCACAGCAUCGGCAUCCAGUUCCAACAACCUGGAACUUCUGGCUCAGAAAAAGGAGUGUGUUGCAGCACUUCGAGUGGCCUAUCCAGAAGUCAAUGCAGCGCCUCAAGAGACCCAGGAGCUCAUCGAGAAAAUGGACAAGGACAUCGAGCGCCUAGAGAAGGAGAACAGCAAGUUUGUGACCAAAAACUUACAUGCUGCUACCAAAACGCUGGGCAAGGCACAGAAAACACUGACAGAAGCUCUGGAAUCAAAAAAGGUCCACCGCACACGAUGGAUCAAGCAUAUCACAGAGGCGGUCACCACAUGGCAGACUCAGUUGCAGGAAUAUCAAAAGCAACAAGAGACGUUCCAGAUUGCCGCCACCAAGGCACGAGCGGACAUCGAGACUGCCAGAAAGGAGAUCCAGGCGCUUUCAGUCAAGGCCUCCCAAGCCACAUUGGCGGCUAUGCCACCACUCACGGCGCUGACAGCGGAACAGGACGAGGGGAACACAGAUGCCGACACCGAAGAGGAAAAACUGCAGGGGCAGCUCCAGUCGGUGUUGCAACACUGUGCCGCAGUCCUGAAUGCGGAGACUCCGCACCAGAUCAACGACGACAGCGGAGAUCUGACCAUGGAAGACGAAGAGCGAGAAAAGAAGCGCCCUCGAUCCAUGCAGCCCUUCGGUGGGCCUGGGCCUGCUGGAGCGCCAUCGGAUGCCAAGAACGAGCUGUACAUGAUAAGCAAGGACGACUUGACCGUGUUUUUGCUGUUCUUGAGGAUCUGUGAAGUGCGAUUGACUGAUGAACAUGCCAAUGUUCCCAGACGAGUUGCGGCUGCAAGCACGGCUCCACCAAAUGCCCCGCCAAAUCAGCUUCACCUUCCGCCGCCACCUGCGUUUGUGACUGAUAUUUUUGGGCUACCGGGCUUUCUAGCUUUGCCGCAUGAUUUCUUGAUGGAAAACACCUUCUUGAUUCGAACAUGGUAUGUGCAUCAUUUACAUUUCCCACGUUGGGCUGUGCCGCGUUUUGUCGAACUGGACCACAGAUGGGUUUUAUGGCAACGUGAAAUCGCCAGCUCAUGGAGAGACAUGAUUCAACCCAAUGAAGAUGUGCAGUUCUUCACAGUGCUACCGGACCCAGACCGCAGCUUUUUGCAAAGACAAGCUGUAGCGGAUGUGCUGGUUGUGCAAGGGACAGACGCAGAGCGUUAUGCCGGCUUGCUCACAGUUCAUCGCCAGACCGCACAGGGAUCCUUACGUCCUUUUGCAGUUGCUAUUUCCUUGCCAGAUGAAGUGAGUGGAUUAGAUCUAGUGACCAAGGGGGUGAUGAUCACGACUUUGACGAUGAAGCCGAGCUCAGCUGAGAAGCUGAUCAUUUUGGAUACUGAAGUGCAUUUCCCAGGGUCGCAAGUUGGUCGAGCAUUGGCCUUGACUCAGAAACAUGCAUCCUUCAGGAGCAUCCCGGAGGAUACCAUUGGCCUGCACCCCAUCUCGCAAAGUGCAGAACUUGAUGCUUGGUUCGAGCAGAUUCUUGAAGUUUGGCAGGAUGCUGUUGACCCCUCUUCUUCCGUUGACAUCAAGUUUGUCAUGCCCACACCACCGCAUACUGCUACUGAAACCAUUCUGGCUCAUCUCUUGCUGGAACAAAACAGGCCGAUAGCGACCCAUUCUGCCGGGAUCAUUUCGGUUGUUCGACAGGGCAGAAGGCAUGCUGCCCUGCGACAUGUUGCAGUUUCGAUCGGAAGGCAAGUUUCAGUUACUGCGGUCCUACGUAAGGUCAGUCUUCAGGAUCUCUGUGCCAUCCAACGUUGUAGAGUCACAUUCCGACGGCUUGUCCUUAAUCCUGGAGUCAUUGAGGAUCUUGAUUCAGGUUUCUGCCUUGUUGCACAAGUGACCACACGAGCGCAAUAUGAGCAGUCAGAUGAUGAAGAUUCAUUCAACUCACAUCAGCCGCUCUGGGCACCAGCUAUGGCAGCUGUGAUGGAUGCGCAUCACCUAUCUGCUGAAGGAAGUUUUGACGCCCAGGAAGACAAUGUUUCAUUCAUCCAAAUUGCUCAACGCACUCAUGAUCAGAACUCUCCUGAUGCAAAUGUCAUGACAUGUAGGCCUGGCGAGGUUGGCGAAGACUUGGGUUUCCCCAUCAUUAGACCGGCUUCUGAUUUGCCACGCCGCCUCAGACUUCCCAGACAUGAUGGCCAAGAGGAUUGGAUCCCUCCCUUAGGGCACUUGUUCCAUACAGAAGGUGCCCGUGAACAGAAUGUUGCAGCCGUGUUUACUGCCCUAAUGGAAGGUUCACCACAUGACGCAAUUGUUCAAGGCGCAUAUUCCGCCCCAGCCCAGGUUGACCGUGCCAUUGUAGCAAGGCUCAUGGAACUUGAACAAUUCACCAUUCACAGAAGAUGUCGGUUGUUUCAAGACAGACAAUUGCUGGAUGAGGAAGUUGCUGUUGCCAUUGUAUCAGGAAGUAGUCUCAGUAUUCGAAUUGAAGCACCACAUGAGCCAGCACAGACUAGCGAUCCCAUUGAUCAGCUGCAUUUUGAGGAUUUGGCGCUCAUGCAAGCGGCACCUGGACAGCCACAGCCUGCGGCUUGCUCCUUCAAUCCCAACACGCCUACCUUCAAUCCGGAGGGACCCAAUCUCUGGCUUUUCCCGGAGUUUGUACGAGAUCUGCACUCUGAAUUUGAAACGGCAGCAUUCACAUGGGAGGGUGAAUCAGCUUCAAUCAAGGUGAUGGUGUGGUUUGUGGAUCAUCGCUUCCAUUUUCCUACUUGCCUGUAUCCACGUGCAGCAACCCUGUUUGAAGAUUUUACAGAUUGGGAACAGCGUCUCGAAUCAAUUUGGCAGGAUUCCAUCCAUCCUGGCCUUGGGAUUGAAAUUGAAGUAGUUAAGCCAACUCCACCACAGCUUGAGACAGGAAUUGCGGCACAUGUCAUAAUGGUCCAGGCUCCCAAUGAUGCCUGGUCGACGACGCUUGUUUCCACAAUUGACCUGAAUCUUGGAUACCAACCUGUCCGCAGAGCCAUCACCACACCUGACCGCACUACAUUUGAGCACGUUGUGAGAGCGGCAGGUUAUGAAGACACCUGUUUGCCAUCGCACGGUAAUCCACCCUGUGCACUUUGGUAUGAUCUUCAACGGAUUCGCAUUGGCCACCCUUUGUUGAGUUGGACUGGCUUUAGUUUUGUCCUUGUCAUUGAUGAUAAUGCGCAGAGGGCCCAUCGGCAAGCUGCUGAUGCGGAUGAUGCUGACAUGACAUUUCUCCUGCAAAGGACACCCAUGAGUGCUCCCAAGCAUGCCGAGCCAGCGAACCAGCCGGCUUGUUUGCAAAUUGGCUUUGAGGAAGCUAGCCAGGCACUUGAUAAGCUUGAUUCGCACUUCACGCUGCCAGUUUUUGAUCUGGAAGUCUGCCUGCAGGACCAUGCACAUUGGCUCCCGCAAUGCUUGCCUUGGAUUAGGGCUGAAUGGUAUGCAUGCGACCAACCGAUCGAUCAUGUCUCUGUUUAUUAUGAUGGCUCUUACUUGAAACAGGAAGGGACCGCAGGUGCUGCGGCUGCGGCAUUUGUAUUACAAGGUGACCGCUGGCUCUUUGCUGGAGCUGUGUCUGCACAUCUUCCGACUCCGGAGUUUGGUUCCUACACAGCUGAAGUUCGAGCCGCGCUACUGGCCACUAAGCAAGCUUAUGACCUGGUGAAAAUUGCAGCAGAAGUGUUUGGAUGUCAGCCAAGUGUCACAUUUUUCUUUGAUGCACUUUCAGUGGGUAAACAAGCAGAAGGACUUUGGCAAGCAAAGAAAGACAAGGUUUCAUGUCAUGCAGUACGCAGUCUUCUGCGCAUCAUGCAUACUCGGUGGCAAGUUUGCUGCAACCAUGUCUUUGUUCCGGGCCACAGUGGUGACCCAGGCAACGAGCUUGUUGAUACGAUUGCCCUGUGUGCAGCCCAUGGAUUCCCCUUGCAGGAUUGGAACACCAUUUUUUGCAUGUUGACCAACUGGCACUUUGUCCAAGCCUUGUCAUGGGGCUGGGUCUUCCAGCAUCCGUCCUUUGACAAGUACUGGUCUGAUAGUACUUUGCUUCUGCCUGCUAAGCCUCAGACCACGCCUGAACCGUCUGCCGUGGGUUCAACUGCCUCCUACGGAAGUAGCCAAAUUGCGGACACUGUGACAGUUAAGCUCAAUCUGCUUACCUGCAACGUACUGACGCUGACACAAGGAUCUGGCAAGGCCAAUGAAGACCAUCCCAAUCCUUUGGGGCCUGCCAGAUUGCAGACAAUCACCAAACAAUUUCUACAAGCCAAUAUCUCCAUCUUUGCCUUGCAAGAGACCCGGCUUAGGACCAGUAUGCGCCUUCACAGCCCUGAUUAUUUUUUGUGGCACGCCCCUGCAAACUGCAAAGGACAGUUUGGCAUUCUGCUGGGAUUUGCCAAACAACAGCCUUUUGCUUUCCAGCAUGACGGCAAGCCUCAUGGACAGGGUUGGUUUGAUGAUAAUGAUUUUGCAGUUGUUGCUGCAGAUCCCCGUUUCAUGAUCAUCAAAGUGCAUGCCCGAUGCCUCAAGUGUAUUCUUGUUGCUGCCCAUGCACCGCAUAGUGGGGCGGAUAUUGACACCAUUGAAAUUUUCUGGCAACAGGUUAGUCAGGCAGUUCCAAAGAAAUAUGAUGGUUGGCCCAGGGUGCUCCUGGCGGACGCAAACUGCAGAUUCGGAGAUUGCCCAAACCAACACAUCAGCGACCAUGAUUCUGAGAUUUCCACGGCCAAAAGUGACGCCUUCUGCCAAUUUGUUGCCAGUCAAAAUCUCUUUAUCCCUGCAUCAUUUUCGACAUGCCACACCGGUCCGUCAGGUACUUGGUGUCAUCCGAAUGGCGAUUGGACCAGAAAUGACGUCAUUGGAGUUGAUAUGACAUGGCCGUUGUUGACCUGUCGGUCUUGGAUUGAUACGCACAUCGAUGUCUCACUUCAGAAGGAUGACCACCGACCAGCCUGUGUCUCCAUCAUGUGGCACUCCGAGACUGUCCAAGCACGACCACGAAAAGGUAUGCCCAAGUGUCCCCCAAAGUUUUGUGAAGAAGCUCUGGCAGCCCUGAGAACCCAACAGGCCUUGCAGGAUUGGUUUGAUACAGAUGUGCAUACACACUUUCACAUCUUACAACAUGAGCUUGCUGCCUGUACCAGGCGAGAGACUGAUUGCUUCCAGAAGCAUCCGCGCAAAACCACCAUGUCAGCAGAUACUUGGGCUUUGGUCUGCGCUAAGCGCAAAUGGCGAAAAAAUUUAGCCGAUUGCCAAACACUGCAAAGACGCACUUACCUGCAAGCCAUCAUGGCAUCUUGGAAGUCCGUGUGCCUUCAUGGGGAUGGUGAUGCCUGCCAACCAAAUGCGGCUGUGGAGUUCGACGACAUUCUGACUCAACUUGAUGUCGAUGUCGCCACAGCAUUGCACCAAUUCCGCAGUUCCAAGCGUGGCACACGACCUGGCAGCCCGCUCGCAGAUUGUAUUUUUCAUGUCCUCAUGUCAGACAUUUUGCAUCACCUACAGACCUGGAUUGAUUCUCAAGAAGCGUUCAAUGACAUCCUUCAGGAAUUGGACAUUCCAGGCAGUUUUGUCGCAUGGGCCGACGAUUUAGCAAUCCCCUGGGCAACACGAACUGCCGAUGAGAUGCCUGAUGCCCUUAGGGCUAUUUUAAGCUUUGUUGUGCAACUCUUCCACAGAUAUGGGUUCCUGCUCAAUAUGGACAAAGGGAAGACUAGCGCUGUUGUCUCCUUUCGAGGGACAGGAGCGCCGUUGCUCCGCCAGCACUUUCAACUAGGUGCCAAGCCAGGUGAUUCAGUCUUGAUUGGUGACAAGAUGUACUUUUUGCACUAUGCUGCAGCUCUUCCGAUCCUUGGUGGAGAGCAAAUUGUUGUUUGGUCUAGGUGCUUGGAUUACGCAACUCACCGGCAAAUGAGCAAGAUCAAGGCAGUUCUGCUGCGUAUGCUGCAAAAAGUGCUACGUCUCACCAAAGAGGCCAUCAUGUCCACUACGACUGCGGAGGUCUUCCGACGUGCCCAGCAAGCUGACGUGGCUGCACCCGUUCAAAGCCAUGGAACCAAGGAGUGCGCAAGGCAUGCUGUUCUGAAAGGAGGUGUGGUCAUGAACGAAGGCUUGCUCACUGUCAUCCUGCGGCCGCCGCUGGAACAAGAUGUGUCCUGCGUCGUGCUCUUCUCCACCUUGCACUCGUAUGUCUGUUCCGCGAAGCAACAGCUUUGGGAGCACGGCCCAUCCGAUCUGCAACACCUGCUCCAUAGGGAGCAAGCGCUUUGUCAGACAUCCUGGAUUGCUGGCCUCCUUGCUGACUUGGAGUGGAUGCGCAAGUUGGAACCAGAGGCCACGACGCCUGUCGAUCCUGACGAUUUGACUGCUCUUUUCGACUAUUGGCAAAGUGGCACACCGGAGUGGCAGAAACGGGUUAAGGGUGCUUUUCGUCGAUUUCAAAAGCAAGAGCAGAUGAUGCAACAGAUGCAUAGGUUCCAUGGGCAGAUCGUCAAAACGUUGCACACCUGUGCAACAUUCCGAGACCUUCCGUUUGACCAAAAUGAUGAGGACGAAGGCCACAAGUGCUUUUGCGGUCGUUGUUUUACCACACCACAAGGCUUGGCCACACACAAACGCAAGGCCCAUCAGAUUGGAUCGCUGGAAAGACAUCUUAUUGACGGGCCCACGUGCCCAUCCUGCCUUAAGUUCUUUUGGAGCCGACAGAGGUUGUAUCAGCAUUUGUCGUAUAUCCCAAGGCAGACGAAAGUCAACAAAUGUUUCCAGGAUUUACAAAAGCGAGGCUUCAGAGUCCUUGAGGAACUGACACCUGUAUAUGCAGGCCAGCCCAAGGGACUUCAUCGGACUGAGGCUUUGCAAGCCCUCGGGCCACACAUGCAGCCCAAGGACAGCCGUAGCAAUGAAUUGCUCCUUGCAAAGCAGAAGCUCGCACAGGUUGAAGCCACCAUUUUCCACAUUCGAACCCCAGAUGAUGCUGAAGAACAGAAGACCGCCUAUUGGCAGUGCCUUAAUGCAGUGACCGUAGGAUGGUUUCAACGUUUUUGCGAUGCAGGGUUUGAUUCUUCAAUCAUUUCCCAACUACCAGAUGCUUGGCUGGAUGUGGCAGCGACAGCUGACCCUGGCUACCCUGAGUGGUUAGAGAGUGUCUACAUUGGGUGGGGUGAGCGAUGUUUGGAAGAUGUCAUUGCACAAUUUGAGGAUGGUGAAGCAGAAUCGUUAGUUGACAAUGCUUUCGCCGAUUUUAUCUUUGAUUUUCCAAGGAUGCAAGCGCUUUCUGAAGCAGCCUUUUUGAGACAGAAGAUUGGACGCCUGGAUGCUGAGCAGGGUUGCCUUUUUCCUCAUCGGCUGCCCAAAUUUGGCACAGCCAACGCCAAAGAGAGAGCACAGACUGCCUUGCACAUCCCAUCCCUUUUUGAGCAACAAGACGCCUGGCUGGAAAAGGUGAGGGCUAUCAGAUUUGACACGAUACCGGAUGUCACAAGCAUUCCCAGUAGUGUUGAGAGCCAAACCACCCUGCCGCUCUUCUUGGUGGUCCAUUUGUUCAGCGGCCGGAGACGAGCUACUGACAUUCAUGCCAAGCUGGAAGAGUUUGCGUAUGGGAAGGGAUAUCGAGUCCAAGUUUUGUCUCUGGACACAGCUGUUUCCAUUUUUUAUGGCAAUCUGCAGGCUACUCAUGCUACAUGGAAGUUUCUCACGACCUUGUACAAGGCAGGACGUGUUUCUGCAACAAUUCUGGAGUCUCCCUGCGAGACAUUCUCAGCGGCCAGACACCAUCAACCAGAUGAUGCGGUGCCGGAUGAAGUCAAGCGGCGCUGGCCACGACCUCUCAGGAGCGCCACGCGCUUCUUUGGUCUUUCUGGCCUUACGACCCGGGAGUUGAGACAAGCAGAACAAGGUGAGUAUCUGGACCCCACCUUGGGUCCAGCUGUUGCUCCAACUCCCCAACGUGCGCCUACACCGUGUUUGCCAAUGGAGGUGGGCGCGGGAGCUGUGAAGCCUACUGGUAUCCUUGCCAUCAAUUGCCCAUUCUUUGCACAAUCUGCAUAUCGAAGGCAGCUGCCAGAAGCUGUCAAACCCCAACAAGUUGCGAUUGGUCGAGACACGCACACUGGUGCUUUCCGCACUGCUGUACUCAAGGAGUACCCACCAGCAUUCUCAGCUGCGUUGGCUGGUGCAGUAGCCGAUUGUUUCCAUGUUGCAGUCCGUCAGCACAACCUGACGUUAGGACCUUUGCAAGAGCCGGAAACCGAAGCUUGGCUAAAGGCAGCUGUACAGGCCUGUGCCGUCAUUCGCACAGAGGCACCCUGGCUAGUGAAGGCCUUCUUGGAUCGUUUCCAGAUCCCGGACUCCAAGAGGAACAUGCACGUGAGGGAGUGCAUGAGCACCCAACUGGACCGUGGUGCGGUGCUUUGUGGCCCCAGUGGAGCCGUUGCCUUCCCUCAUCAGCGCCUUAGCAGAACAGGCUAG